CUUUCUUCCAGUUUUACACACUGAUCCUUUUCAUGUGCUCCGUGUGUCAUAGACUCUGUUGUGUCAUCUUGGAAUAUAAGAGCCGCUGAACCGUUUACAGCAGUUCCAGUGAUCCUAACUGCUAAAGUUAUCUAUCAGAGAAGAUACAAGGAAUGGAGUCCACCACCAUGAAGUCCACCACCAAAAAACUUUACUCUGAUCACUUGCUUGAUCCAAAAACUCUACUGGAAACCUACUUCUCACCAAGAACUCCAAACCUGCUUUUUUAUGCGAGCAGUGAAUUUAUUAUGACCGCUCUUCACAAGGCUUUUAAGUCAGGUUUGGUUAAAGGGAAACAUUUGAUUGACGUUAGCCUUGGCCCCACCAUCCAUCACCUGGCAGCAAUAUGCGAGUUCUUGGAAGAAAUUACUGUUCUAGAAAUGAAUGAUGCUUGUGUCAAGGAACUGGAGAAAUUGUUACAUAAACAACCAGAUGCCCAUGAUUGGUCACACGUCUCAAAGGUUAUGAAGGAGAUAACCGACAGCAGGGAUAGCUGGCAAGCCAGAGAGGAAAUGUUAAGAGCUAAACUGGCACACGUCAGUAAAUGUGACUUCACAGAAGAAAAGCCCACAGGGUCACUGGUAUUGCCGAAAGCUGACUGUCUCCUCAGCAUGUGGGCACUACAAGCCUUCAGCAAAGACCACGAGGCUUACCUAAAGACGUUCUCCUCCUACAUUAAGCUGGGAGGAUAUCUCAUGAUCUAUGGUGAUAUCAACGUGACUUUUUUUACCACUGGGGAGCACAAAUACCAUCUCUUGACACAUGAUGAGGAUUUUGUAAAGAAGGCUUUAACUGAUGGAGGCUUCAAAAUUUUACAGUACGACAAUGUGGAGAGGAAAACUGCAAAGGAUCUUGUAGAUGUCGAGAAAUCGUUCUUUGUCAUUGCCCAAAAAGUGAAGGAAGUGUAGACAUGGACAAAGACCACCACCCACUCAAUUCCUCAAUCUGAAUUUGCCACUCAAAUCUGCAUGAAUGCCAUUUGUUCCAGUGGCUGUCCGUCUAUAGAAAACAAUCAGGAUUCAUCUAGAUCAGCAGCUCACAACUGUACAUUUACCACAUACCCAUCACUUUCUAUUUCUCAAUAUUUGCCGGGUGCAUCAUGUAGUGCUCACCCCCAUAGGAGCCCACUGAUAAGGUGCCUAGGCUCUCUCCCAGUAGUUGCACCCACAGCUAGGCACACGGUCAAAGUCACUCUUUUGGCUCAGUAAUCAGUCUAGGGGUAUUCGAAUUUGGAUGGGUGCAGGGUAACUGUGGGAUACUCAAGCAACUAUAACAACUUAAGCCCCAGACCAGUUGGCUCGCCAAAGACCAGGCCACGUUUUGUGAUUCGGCACUGCGUCGCUUUA